UGCAAAGGGUAGCAUGCACAGCAGGAGGGAGAACACAUAGGAGUAAUUUGCUGACAGAUAAGCAAAGAUGGAUCUGAUUUCAGUUUUCUCCCCGGAAAUCUGGGUCCUCCUGGCAAUCAGUCUCAUGCUCCUCUACUGGGUAUUUGGAAAUAUGAUGCAGAAUGCUAUAAAAAGUAUGGAAAAAUAUGGGGCAAAGAUUUCAGAACUAUGUUGAAGAGAUAUGGAAAGAGUGGACCUUGCCUUGUCACUGAUUUCAAUGGGAUUGAUUUCAUUUUCUCUGUUUAGUUUCAUUUUGGCUAUAGUCUUGCUGUGUAUUACCUUUACUAUGUUUAGUUUGUUUCUAUGCUGUAUUAUAUUGAUGUAUUUCCAUAUACUAUACCACCCCUCCACGCCUGGAAUGAAGACUACUUGGUCAUAUUGGAUGACAUCUUUGAUAUGUUUUUGGAUUCAGUUUAAUUCAGUGACCUUCAAUGAUGUGCAUGUGAAAUUCAGCCAAGAAGAGUGGGCUUUGCUGGAACCCUCACAGAAACAACUCUACAAAGAUGUUAUGCUAGAGACCUGUAAAAACCUCACUGCAAUAGGCUACAAUUGGGAAGACCAUGCCCUUGAAGAACAUUUUCAAAGUUCUACAAGUAAAAAAAGGCAUGAAUACAGUCAUACUGGAGAGAAACCCUUUAAAUGCACUCUAUGUGGUAAAGCCUUCCCCUAUAUCACUGUUCUCAUACGGCAUAAAAGAACACACACAGGAGAGAAGUCUUACAAAUGUAAUCAAUGUGAUAAAGCCUUUGCAAAAAAAAGUCAUCUCAUGUGGCAUAAAAUAACACACACUGGAGAGAAACCUUAUGAAUGUAACCAGUGUGGUAAAGCCUUUGCAGAAAACAGUAAUCUCUUAAACCAUAAAAGAACACAUAUUGGAGAGAAACCUUAUGAAUGCAACCAGUGUGGUAAAGCCUUUGCAAAAAACAAUACUCUCAUAUGGCAUAAAAGAACACACACUGGAGAGAAACCUCAUGAAUGUAACCAGUGCGGUAAAGCCUUUGCACAAAACACUCUUGUCAUAAGACAUAAAAGAACACACCCUGGAGAGAAACCUUAUGAAUGUAACCAGUGCAGUAAAGCCUUUGCAAAAAAAAAAAAAAAGUCAUCUCAUAAGCUAUAAAAGAA